GCCCACCCUGCAUACUCCAGCGAGCUGCAUUAGGCUCCGUUACGGCUCCAGUCCUCAGCCACCCUCCCCCGAGCCGGCUCCGGGAGCAGCCACAGCCGCGGCGGGCGGGGAGCGAGAAGGGCGCCGGGACCUCUGGCCAGCAGCAUCCUCAGCCCUCGCCUGCAGCUGGCCGGGCUGGCGAGAGGAUGAGGAGAGAUGGGCCAAGCUUGCGGCCACUCCAUCCUCUGCCGGAGCCAGCCCUACCAGCCGGCCGUGUCUGACAUACGGGGCCAGCAGGUUUUCCUGAAGGCGGAGGAGAAGCUGCCCAGCUCCGAGGCGCUACAGGAUGCCUUACUGAGUCUGGGCUCCGUGAUCGACGUUGCCUGCCUCCGGGAGGUCAUCAAAGAUGCCAUUACGUCCGUGCUCCCCAAAGUGGAGCACGUGUACAUCUACCUGCUGGACGGAGAAGCCAGGCUGACCUGCGACGACCCUCCCCACGAGCUGCCUCCCGAGGGAAAGAUCAGGGAUGCUGUCCUCAAGCAGAAGCAGGUGGGAUGCAAUGGGCUGCCCCAGUCGGAGCUCCAGGGCAAACCGAUGGACAGCCUGGCGGCACCUUUGCCUCCUGAUAAACAAGUGCUGAUAAACCCGCUGGUGGACAAGGACUCGGGGGAGGUGGUCGCUGUCAUCCUGGUGCACUGUGGGAGGCUGAGCGAGUCGGAUGAGCAGAACCUGCGGGUGCUGGAGCAGCAUAUCCUGGUGGCUUACCGGCGUGUCCAAACCCUCCAGAAACUGCAGCCCUGGCCCCAGGUCAGUCUGUCCACCAGCUCGUCUCAGAAUUCCCUGGCCAAGACCGAGAGGGCAACGCACAGCGGCUACAGUGACCUGGACUGCAAGAUACUGCAGCUGUGCGGGGAGCUGUACGACCUUGACGCGGCCUCGCUCCAGCUCAAGGUCAUUAACUAUCUGAAGCAGGAGACCCAGUCCCCCUGCUGCUGCCUCCUGCUGGUCUCGGAAGAUAACCACCAGCUCUUCUGCCAGGUCGUGGGAGAUAAAGUGCUGGAAGAGGAGAUCAGCUUCCCUCUGACGUUUGGGCGUCUGGGGAAGGUGGUAGAGGAGAAGAAAUCCAUCACCCUACAGGACAUCAGUGUGGAGGAACACAAGCAGCUUCACAACAUGCUGGGAUUCGAGGUGACCUCCAUGCUGUGUGUGCCGGUCAUUAGCCGGGCCACCUCCCAGGUGGUAGCCUUAGCCUGCGCUUUCAACAAGCUGGGCGGAGAGAGCUACACGGAGGCCGACGAGCACAGAAUCCAGCACUGCUUCUGCUACACCUCCACCGUCCUGACUAGCACGCUGGCCUUCCAGAAGGAGCAGAAACUGAAGUGCGAGUGCCAGGCACUCCUGCAAGUGGCUAAGAACCUGUUUAUGCACUUGGAUGACGUGUCAGUGCUGCUCCAGGAGAUCAUCACGGAAGCCCGGAAUCUCAGCAACGCUGAAAUAUGCUCGGUUUUCCUGCUGGACACGUUCAGCCAUGAGCUAGUGGCCAAGGUGUUUGACGGGGGCGUGGUGGAUGAUGAGAGCUACGAAAUUCGCAUCCCAGCGGAUCAGGGCAUCGCGGGUCACGUGGCAACGACGGGGAAGAUCCUCAACAUCAAAGAUGCCUAUUCCCACCCGCUCUUCUACCGGGGGGUGGACGACAGCACCGGCUUCCGGACCCGAAACAUCCUGUGCUUCCCCAUCAAGAACGAGAGCCAUGAGGUCAUCGGGGUGGCGGAGUUGGUGAACAAGAUCAACGGGCCUUGGUUCAGCAAGUUUGACGAGGACCUGGCCACAGCUUUCUCCAUCUACUGCGGGAUCAGCAUUGCCCACUCGCUGCUCUACAAGAAGGUCCAUGAAGCCCAGUACCGAAGCCACGUGGCCAACGAAAUGAUGAUGUACCACAUGAAGGUCUCGGAUGAGGAAUACAAAAAGCUGCUCAGCGACGGGAUCUGCCCCGUGGAAAGCAUCGACUAUCGCUUCGCCGAUUUCACCUACACGCCGCGCUCGCUGCCUGAGGACGACACGCCUAUGGCCAUCCUGAGCAUGCUGCAGGACAUGAACUUCAUUAACAACUACAAAAUGGAUCGCCAGACGCUAGCCAGGUUCUGCCUGAUGGUGAGGAAGGGCUACCGGGACCCGCCCUAUCACAACUGGAUGCACGCCUUCUCCGUCUCCCACUUCUGCUACCUGCUCUACAGGAACCUGGAGUUGGUCAAAUACCUGGAAGACAUUGAGAUCUUCGCCUUGUUCAUCUCCUGCAUGUGUCACGACCUGGACCACAGAGGCACCAAUAACUCUUUCCAGGUGGCUUCGAAAUCUGUCCUGGCGGCGCUCUACAGCUCCGAGGGCUCCGUCAUGGAGAGACACCACUUCGCACAGGCCAUUGCCAUCCUGAACACCCAAGGCUGCAACAUCUUCGACCACUUCUCCCGCAAGGAUUACCAGAGGAUGCUGGAUCUGAUGAGGGACAUUAUUCUGGCCACGGAUCUCGCUCAUCAUUUGCGGAUCUUCAAGGACCUGCAGAAGAUGGCGGAAGUGGGCUAUGACCCGGAGAACAAGCAACACCACAGCCUGCUGCUCUGCCUGCUCAUGACGUCCUGCGACCUCUCGGACCAGACCAAGGGCUGGAAAACCACCCGGAAGAUCGCUGAGCUGAUCUACAAGGAGUUCUUCUCCCAGGGAGAUCUGGAGAAAGCCAUGGGCAACCGCCCCAUGGAGAUGAUGGACCGGGAGAAGGCCUACAUCCCCGAGCUGCAGAUCAGCUUCAUGGAGCACAUCGCCAUGCCCAUCUACAAGCUGCUCCAGGAUCUGUUCCCGAGAGCCGCCGAGCUGUACGAGAGGGUGGCCAGCAACCGGGAGCAGUGGACCAAAGUGUCUCACAAAUUCACCAUCAGGGGCCUCCCCAGCAACAACUCGCUGGACUUCCUGGACGAGGAGUACGACCUGCAGGGGAUGGACAGGGAGAGUGCCAAGAUGAAUGGCUGCCUGGACAUGGAGGGGCACAUGGAGACGGUGGCGCAAUGAGGUUCUCCUCACUGUGGCGGGGGGGCGGGCAGGGAGGGGAGUGACGGAUCGACAAACCCAGCGACUCUUUGUCCCCUUUCUCCUGGAUCCAAAGGAAAGAGGGAGCCGGUUUUGAGAAAUCCUUAUUUGUCCAGUGCGUUCUCUACAGUUCCGGUCCUCCCAGGCUGUGCCUAGUCCCGCGGGUGGGACGGCGGCUCUGAUUCAGGACACUCACCCACUUGCUCUUGUGGAUGCCAAGGUGGGAGAGGGGGCGUUAUUCCUUGGACUCCUUUUGCUGUACAUUGAAAUGAACCCCGCUUCCCCCCGCCCCUUCUGUACGGGUACCGGCGCUGUUCAGUGUCUCCGGGGCUCAGUGUCUGAGCUAGGAACGGAAGGGGGUUCGCCAGGGGUGGGGACAGCGUGUGCUUUGAGAAGGCCUGAGGCUGCCCCUCCCCCCUGAGCCCAGCUGCCCUCACUUCCCAGACCAGGAUCUCAUGCCUCACACGCUCCUGAGAGCUGAACUUCAUGGGCUGAUCGACAUGGAGAACUUUCGCCGCUGGCUGCUUCGGGGUGGGGGGAGAGGUUUUCCCACAGGCUGAGCUGCAAACUCUGGCUAUUGAACGGGGGAGUUCCCUGGCCCGUGAGGCUGGGAUAGGGGAGAGCUGUUCAGGUGGGCAGGGACGGAAAGGAGAGGGGGCCAGUCACUCAGGAGAGCAGAAAUGUUCUCGAGGGUGUCAGAGACAAAUGGCCGGGGGAAAUCACGUGUGGCUCGUCCUCAUGAAUGUACCCGCGGGUGCAGAGCAGUAGGGCCGGUGGAAGCAGAUCUUUGCUCCGGGGAUGUCUGGCUGAGAGCACGAUGUGUUUUUCUGACAUCCAGGCAGUUGGGCAGGUGUGACGGGUCCCAUACUCCCAAGCACAGGCUCACGGCUGCUCUCCUCCCAACAGCAGCCUCCCUGCUCUCGGAUCCAGGGCCAGCCACCUCCUGCUGUCUCGCAGUGGUGGAGACGCCCGAGAGGCCUGUCCCUGAGCACUGAGGGAGGGCAGAGGAAGGGUGGUUGGAUCCAGAGAGGAGCACAAAGCCAUCCCACGGGGAGACCUGUCCUGAGAGGACACUGCAGAGGAGGAGAGAGACUGGCAUCCACAGGCCAGACGAUGUCCCUGAUCCAUGCAUGUGCUGAGCAGAAACACCAGUGCAUGAUCACUGCCAGCUUGUGAGCUCAGAUGGGGCCAGAGCCACACCCAGUGUAAGCAGACACACGUCCACUGACGUCAGCGCAGAGCGUUUUCCCCUUCACCCACAUCUUGGCCCAUCGCUGCCUUUGAAAUUGAAACCUGCCUUUUUUGAGAUGAGCCCGUUGGAUGCUUUAGCAGAGAAGGUCUCGGUACCCAUGUGUGCCCUGCAGAUACCCAGCCGACCAUGCAGGCGCUCAGUGGGGUGCGGCCAGUUCCAGAAGGCAUCUGCCCAGCGGUGUCUCCUUGAGAAAUGGUGCAGAGCCGGAGCGCAGCGAGCCAGCCAGCAUGCUGCACCCUUCACCAGAUGCAUGGGCCACCUGCAUCUCGUCUAGCGGGCCCAGCGUGUUGUUUAUUUGGACAUAGAACCAGAGGGCAUGUGUCACACAUGCCACCUGAAACGUGCUGGGGGCAGCGUUUCCUAUGGAUGUUGCAGGGGGUUGAAGCCUCCUUCAGGCCUUUUAUGAACAUGCUCGCCAGUUCUUUUCUGCUGCACCCGCUGUGCUAGUGGUUUGGGGCCAACGAGUCUAAGUGACCUGGGGGAUGGUGGGAAUGCAGCAGAGAGAGAAAUACGUCAGCCAGCGAACGUACAGCUCCCUAGCUACAUACCCAGGUAUCGCUCUCAGACCCUCACCUGGCACUUUCCCUGUUAUAUGCCUUGAAUUCAGAUUGAAUCCCUGGGCUCCGUAAGGUCUAGGGCCCAUGAGCUGCAGCAAGGCAUUUGGCUCAUCGUCAAGGAAAGCAGGAAAUACAGACAUUCUCUCCUAGGCCAGUACUGUGGUGGUGUGGCCAGCGCGUCCCAGCUGCCCAUGGACUCUGAGGGACAAAUCGUCAUCUGGCAGACGGCCUCACUGCUGAGCAAAUGAUCAUCACGGGGGUGUCUCAGCCUUCAGGGAAACGGACGAUAGUUAUUUGAGACAGGACAGAGCCCUGUCUCCUGCAUGGCCUGGUUCCACCGGUCCCACGCUCUCACUCAAGAGGACAUUUGGUGCUUUCGUUUGCUACUGAUCAGAGGACAGGCCUGCUUGUGGAGUCCAUGCAGGCCUUCAAAUCCUUUCCCCUGCCAACCGCAGCAGUCACUAGUGUAGAGAGCCCCAGGUGCUGUUCCUUCUUGGGAAAAGACUUAACGGCCUGGCCUGGAAUUCUGGCCCCACUGAAAUAGGUGGGAUUGUGCCUUUGACUUCAGUAGGGCCAGGAUUUCGCCCUGGCUGUUCCCCCUAGGAUACACUUGGCGGAGAGGCCAGUCUGCUGCUUUAUCACUUGUCUUCUGCAUGCUCAGCUUGAUUCUUUCUUCCAAGGGGCGUCUGCCUGGGAACGGGGUCUUGGAUCUCUUGCUCUCCCACCUGA